CCACGAGUAAUUGUACACCCUGUUGGAAAUGCUGUACACCUUAUUAACAGACAGCAGCAAACACGAGGAUGGGGCCGCGUACGUGAAAAAGGGCUAAAUGCAAAUGCAAGGUUUUAAACAAACGUUUUGUGCCGUCUCUGCCCUCUUGCUUCUUCUUUUGCGAAACAACUCAUAGUGUAAAAAAAAGGGAAAGAAAAGAGCUGUCCAAAUGGACUUCGAAAGUGCGAAUCCUUUUAAUGUUCGGGUGAACAAGAUCUCGGGGAACCUGCUACCGAUGAGGAUCGAUGGAUCAUCGUUUUCGACACUUUGGAAGAUUUACAGCAGCUUGAUAUGGCUACUGGAGUUGAUACAAAUGAUCAUAUUAAUUCCCGGUUGCAUGCUCGUACCAAAAGCAAAAGCUCUGAAAGACGGCUCGGUCUCUGCCGCGAUCACCCUAGAGGUGGUCUUCGUGGUUGUGCGAAUCCACAUGCAUAGAAGACUAGUGCAACGAAUAAUCGAGAAAUUGAACGAAAUUUUACGCUUGGACGAUGAAAUGAUGCGAAGUAUAGUAAUGGCGAGCCUAAAGUCGAUGGAAGUUCCCUUGAAGUUUUAUUGGUCGGCCGGCGUAAUAUCCAUAAUAUUGUGGAGCAGUACACCGCUUUUAAUGAUCUUCGAGAAGAAUUCUUUUUUUUACGUGGAUUUCAGAAUGCCAAUCGCCUACAGUAAAGAACCAAUAUCCACUGGCUCUUUCGUGAUAGGUAGUCUCAUCAUCAUGUUCAGCAGCAUAUUCAUAUUCACAAAGAAGGUCGCCGCGGACAGCUAUACAAUACAUCUCACGCUACUAAUAACCGCACAGUAUCGUUACAUAGCGUCGAAGCUCUCGAUAAUAUUUCAAAAUAACACUUUGCGGAAUGGUAGCAACGAUCCGUUCGGCAAUAAAAAUUAUUUGACAACUGAUCUAUCUGCGCAAAACGAGAUCAAAGCGAUGUGCCGACAUCACAAUGCUGUCGUUCGUGUAAUGUCCAUGCUAAAAGAACUACUGUCUUUAAAUUUUAAUUUCUUAUAUAUCAACAGUGUUUUUCGAUUCUGCUUUAUUGGUAUAAUGAUUCUGGCAGUACCGUCGACGAAUCUGUUAGAGGGAUCUUUGAUUAUUAUGUACGCGAGCGGUGGAAUAGUGCAACUCUAUAUACUGUGCUCUUGCGUACAACAGUUGUUAGAUGCGGCCGUCGAAAUAACGAACAAAGCGUUUCACGAAAAAUGGUAUCAGCACGAACCAUCCGUAAAACGUACAUUUUUAUUGCUGAUAAUGGCAAAUAACUUGGACUGCAAACUCGCCACAUUCGAGAAAUUCAAUUUAUCUUUACCCUCAUUCAUGGCGAUUCUAAAUCAGUCCUAUUCAAUAGCUUUACUGAUCUUUAGGACUACUUAAAUGUGACGAUAAAAAAAAUUGUUAGCUCAAUUGUACAUUCUGUUAUGUUCGAAAAUUUAUAAUUAACAAAAUAUCACAGGAUAUAAUGAGCACAGGGAAAAGAUAAUGACUGAUUUUUGGAAGCACACGAAGAUGAAAUUAUUAAACGAUUUAGUAGUUAUUAUUAUUCUAUAUAUUUUGCAGUAGAGAUGAAUUUAGAUUAAAAUUGAUUUUUUUAGCGCAUGUUAGUAAUACCUUUGUAUCAUUUUUUCUCAUAAACAUACUGUAGUUAUUGUUAA